AUGGAUGACUUCUCGGUGUUUGGCCCAUCCUUUGAACUUUGUCUGAAAAACUUGGACACCGUAUUGAAGCGGUGUGUUGAAACAAAUUUGGUUCUUAACUGGGAGAAGUGUCACUUCAUGGUGACUGAGGGCAUUGUCCUUGGACACAAAAUUUCUUCCAAAGGCAUUGAAGUUGACAAAGCAAAGGUAGAAGUUAUUGAGAAGCUUCCACCACCAGUCAAUGUCAAAGGAAUCAGAAGUUUUCUUGGUCAUGCC